ACACUCCCCAUGUGACUGCUGUGGUACAGUGGGAGGGGACUUGCAGUUGUCCUGGUACACUGAUUUCAGUCAGUGUGAUUGAGUCUACCUCCCGGCUUAUCUGCGCCUCGACUCCGGCAUCAGUAGCAUCUGUCAACUAGCUAGUUAAACCAUGAAGAUCUGGGCAUCAGAGCACACAUUUAACCAUCCUUGGGAGACAGUGACCAAGGCUGCUAUGCAGAAGUAUCCCAACCCCAUGAACCCCAGUGUGAUCGGAGUGGACGUUUUGGACAGAGGCAUCGACAAACAGGGACGCCUCCACAGUAAAAGACUGCUUAGCACAGAGUGGGGUCUUCCAUCCAUAGUCAAAUCUAUCAUUGGUAACUCUCGAACAUACACGUAUGUUCAGGAGCACACGGUUGUGGAUCCCAAAGAGAAGAUUUUUGAACUUCAGUCCUCAAAUAUUAAUUUCACAAACCUGGUGUCUGUGGAUGAAAAGUUAACAUACAAACCACAUCCUGAGGAUAAAGACAAAACAAUACUGACCCAGGAGGCGAUCAUCUCUGUAAAAGGAGUCAGUCUCAGCAGUUACUUGGAGGGAGUUAUGGCGAGCACAAUCUCUGUUAACGCUGGAAAGGGCCGUGAAGCCAUGGAGUGGGUAAUCAGGCGCCUAAAUGCAGAGAUCGAGGAGCUGGCAGCCGCAGCACGCGGGACCAUACGGACCCCUAUGGCCGCUGCAGUCACUGAGAAAUGACACCUGCCUUUCUUUUGCAGCAGCGUCUGAGAGAAACUUCACAACAGUCCAACCAGCCUCUCUUUAUGAUGCUCUGAUGCCGUUUUGGUGCUCUGGAUCUUAUAUACUUUACUAUCUACAUUAGAUUGACUGAAGUUUAAACACCACUGUUAUCUGUGGGGUUAGAAACAUAUAGCAAAGAGGUAUUCAAGGCACUGGAUGAAUUGAAAACACAAGAAAAGUGCCAAAGCAGACACCUCACUUUUGGUCCAGCACCCUUUGCCAGCUGUGUUUUCAUCUUGCAAAUGACCUCAGAAGUGUCCACUGACAUUAACUCUCUUAUUACAGCGAUAGAGUCAUAAGAAAACAAAGUUAUGGAGAGAUGUAUAGGCGUUACUGUUGAGACACAAUGGCAGAAAACAAUGUGUGGUUUAGGCAGGAGUCGAGUGUAAUGGGGUACAUGGAAGGGGUUUCGGGUGUCAAGAUUGUAAAUGAACAUCGACAGUGACACGCCAAUAAAAUGUUUCAAUGUCAGGUUUAGUUCUGUUAAGGAGCCAUCGCCAAACAACGUUUUCUACUGGGACCUCAGUUAAAACAAGACACUGCACCAGGCAACGUAUGUAAGCCUGAAUAUAAACUGUAUUUUGUAAUUAUGUGAUAACUAAUAUUGUUGGUAUUUAAGUGAAAUGUAGGAUCAAUAUAUUUACCAUAUUUAUGUUUUUUAAGUAAUGGAGAAGACCUUCUCAAAUGCUGUGUUAGUAUAACUCCAACAGUUUUAUCAAUACGCACGAGACUGUUCUUAAUAACACAGUCCUCUCAGCACGUCCUGUCAGUGUGAAGGCUGAAACCAUGGCUUUUACUUUUAUGUGCACUUACAAAAUAGUUAUUUUAACUAAGAAAAGCUGCCACAUAUGCUGAUGAUGCUGAAUGUUUUGGUAUCGCUGUUUGAGAGACAAUUGGCAUUUGAGAAGGUCUUUCUAAAUGUGACAGCAGUGUGGUGAUGGAGAAAGAUUUAGUUUCUUUAAUAUAUAUUUUUUUACCUGUAACAGGAAUAUUUAUUAAGAGAAGUAGUGAGUUGAAAAAAAUAUCAUAUCAUGCUUAGUUAGGAAUUGUAAUUUGUGCAUUUUUGUCUAGGUGCCCACUGAAAAACAAAUGGUGUUACCAACGGCAGAAUGUGGCAAUAAAAUGAAAAUAUUUUAACCUGUUUAAUA